AUGGAUAAAGGAAAUCAGUCUGCCAUAACAGAAUUCAUUCUUCUAGGAUUCACAGAUAAUCCUAAAAUGCAGUUUGUUCUUUUUAUGAUCUUCCUCUUGGUUUAUGCCAUCACAGUAAUAGGGAAUCUUGGAAUGAUCUUGUUGAUCUGUGCUGAACCCCAACUUCACAAUCCUAUGUAUUUUUUCCUGGGUAACCUUUCCUUUGUUGAUCUUUGCUACUCCUCAGCCAUUGCUCCUAAAAUGCUGGUUGAUUUCUUAGCUGAAAGUAAAAAGAUUUCAUACAAUGGCUGCAUUAUACAACUCUUUGUAUUUGCCUUGUUUGCAAAUGUAGAGUGUCUUUUGUUGGCUUUAAUGGCCUAUGAUAGGUAUGUGGCCAUCUGCAAUCCACUUCUCUAUGCAGCCAUUAUGUCCAAAAGGGCCUGUCAAGAGCUGAUGGCUGUUGCAUAUUUUAUAGGGAUAGUAAAUUCAAUGAUUAAUACUUCCUGUACGUUUCGACUGUCAUUCUGCAAAUCUAAUAUUAUCAAUCAUUUCUUCUGUGAUGAACCUCCACUGCUAAUUCUCUCCUGUUCUGAUACCUACAUCAGUGAGGUAGUGAUAUUUGCCUUUGUUGGCUGCAUUGAAGGAAGCAGCAUUGGCAUGAUUCUUGUAUCCUAUCUUUACAUUUUGGGGACAAUCCUGAGAAUGCGCUCCACUGAGGGCAGGCACAGGGCAUUUUCCACCUGUGCCUCUCACCUGACAGCUGUUGGGAUAUUCCACGGGACAAUACUCUAUAUGUACUUCCGGCCGAGUUCCAGCUACUCCAUGGACCAAGACAAAUGGGCCUCAUUGUUCUACACAGUUGUGAUCCCCAUGCUCAACCCUCUCAUCUACAGCCUGAGGAACAAGGAAGUGAAAGAUGCUGUGACCAAACUCAAGGAUCAGUCAUGGUUUCAUAGCUUGUGA